GCUCUUUUGCCUGUCCUUCAAGGCAUACAAAAUGUGUUAUUCAAUAUAUUUCCUAAAUAGCAUAAGUCACACGCGUAUAUUAAUCGGUAUCGAGUCCACUGAGUCACGUUGCAGUUACGCCAUGCAGGGAGCAUCACCUGCAUCAAUUCGCUAAUAGAUAGCGCGGUCGGGCUCCGCGCCUUGUCCCAUAUUCCUUGCGCACCCAGUACAAAUAUGUUCACCGCACUGCCCGCGUGUUUCCUCUUCAUUGUGGCCAGCGUCCACGGUUUCUGUGGCGACAACAUACGAUGGGCUCACCACUUCAACAUAGAAGAUGUUUACGGCAUGUGGUACGGAGUGGGGUACGCCCAGCACAGCCCAGACAUGACGAACAAGCCUAACGAAAUUGGCUGCGUCACUCUUCACAUCACUGACGUCACCACCGAACCUCAAGAUGAUUGGCUUGAUUGGUCUAUACUAAAACAUAAUUAUUCUGACGAAAAAUGGCGUUCGUAUAAGAGUAACCCGUGGUCGAGUGACGCCAUGUCGGGGUCCUGGUUGGAUAUUCGCGUGAAGAGGGACAUAUACAAGGAGAGACGCCUGCGGGUGGUUUGGGAUGAGGAUGGGCAGUCCGUGGAGCAGGUCUACCUGUACAGCACGGACGCGCCCGGCUUGUGGACGGCAGAUCAACUGCGGCCUCUGGAGAGAGAAAUGAUGGCCAGAGGAAUAGAGAUGUGGAACCCCGACGAGCCACCCAGGCAUCCUCAGGUGAUACGAAUAUUAAAAGUGACGCCUCACGUUAUGAUAAUCAAUCACUGUUCCGAUGUCAGUGGGGGCGUGUUCUCCCUGAUCCUUCGAAGGUCACCUUCCAGGGUAGACCGAUGGCAGUGGUUUGAGUAUAAGAGACAGUUCUACAACUUCGAAUUACCAAAUGUUUUACGGUACUCCGCUGUAUGUGCUGGCUGUGUUGAAACGAGCUCCUUGUUCAUUGUUUUGAUUUAUACUGAAAUACAAGUAACCUUGACGAACGAGGAAGGAGACAGUAAUGUAAUAUCUACAUGCACCUGCUUGUCUAGGUUUUUAUUUCAUAGCCGUAGUCCUGGAGGAAUAGGCACGGAAGUACGACUUAGAAAGUGCAUCACACAUUGUACACACAACCUUACUACCACGCAACGACACACGCCGAACUCCGAGAACCAAGUAGAAAUGUACCGAAACGUGGUCGUUUUAAUUGUUUUGUGGACCACAGCUGAGAGUGCCAACUAUCAGCGAUAUGCUGAACCUGGUGACGCACGAUACGCAACCCCUUCGAGCUAUUCUUCGACAGUGAGCCCAUACAACCAAUACCCCUACAAAUCUGGUAGCUAUGGGAGCGAUAUAGCCAAUUUUCCAGAAGUGACCAGGUACCCCAAUUACGCUUCUGGAGUAUCGACCACCAAAUACAACUCCUACACUACGCUGAAAUCGAAUCUGUUUUACCCUCCGGGCGGCUACAGUACUCCGACUUAUGGAGAUACGUACGGAAGAACUUAUGGGCAGGAGUAUGGCCAGGGGUAUGGACAGGGCUACGGGACUGGUUACAGCUCUUAUGAGGUUCCUUUCAUGAAGAACAUAAGGGACUACUGCGUGAACAGGGCACCGCAGCAAGGGAUCUGGGUGGAAAACUUGAUGGGCAUGUGGUAUGGUGUGGAGUUCGUGCAACAUCUGGCUGGUGACUCCAGGGUCGACUACGCGCGGACCUGCAUCGUGAUACACAUUUCGGAGCCCAUUGACCAGCUUAAGUUAGAAAUGGAGUUAUUUUAUCGAGUUCUACCUUGGAUGUUUCUGUUUACAUCCAUAGCUGCUGAAUAUAUUGUGUACGACUUUGGCCCUUACACAAACCAUACAGUAAACUACACCAGUAAAAUAGACAAUGAGACGACGACUGUGAUUUGUGCGCGAGAACACACGUACGACGGACUGGACAUUAGGAAAGUUCUGGGCAAGUGGAACGCGAAGGAGUUGUACUUACACCUCAGCAAGGAAGGUGUCAAUGAGUACAACAGCUGCCCACAAGUCACUAUCUGGAAAGAAGAACAGUUCCCUACCACCACGUUUGGGCCUUCAACGGAGAACCAGUUGUUCCACGUGCAGCACAUUAACGCGAAGUUCCGUCACGAGUACAGGCACCUGAGGCUGCUAUGGGACGAGGCUGGCCAGACCAUCGAGUACUCGCUAUACUUCAAGAACGACUCCGCUGGCUACUGGCAGGUGUUCAACGGACAGAACGGAACAUUGACGGCGCGGCCCACGUAUCAACAGUUUAGUGGCACAAUACAAGUGCUAAAAGCAGUCAACGACCAUCUCCUAUUAAACUUCUGUCAAGAUCAAGUUAAUGGCAAGUCAGCACAGCUGUACUCCGUGCUGUUCUCUCGCGAGCCUGGCUUCAUGGAGCGCUGGGAGCUGGACUCCGUUCAUGCAUUACUACAGAACAAGAAACUCUCCGUAGCCUCUAGAAGACUAGUCUGCGUUGGCACGUAUGGUAAAACAACUGAGAAACCUAAAUCUAAGCCACAUCACGCCAAUAGAAACUGCACGGGGGUUCAUGUGCAUGGAAAACUGUACAAGAGACACAUUAUUAUGAAUGGAAUCAACCGUCCAUACCAGCUGGCCAUAUACAACCACGGACAUCAAAUAUUCUUCAGCUUUAAUCAAGGAGAUGACACCCAGGACACGUUCGGGAUGGCUUACGUGAAGAUAAACGACACGAUGCCUACUGAAAUAAAAGAAGUAACAAACGGUUUCGCCGUCGUCGUCGACGAACAUAACAAAACAGCGUAUUUCGGAGGCAGUGAAGGCAUCUACGCUGAUAAUCUCGAGACACCCGGGAACUUGAAGCACAUUGUCAAGAAUCAUGACAUUUGGGAUCUACAAUACUAUGAUCACCACUUGUACUUCAUACAGUACCCGUCACAACACCUGCACAAAUACGAUUUCAAGACGAAAAAUGUCUCACUUCACCAACAUAUUCACGAAAAAAUAUUCCAAUUCGCGAUUGAUGGAGAGGGUGACACAUUCAUAACGACCAAGAAUGGCUUGUUUGAGAUAAAGAAGGGGAAAACUGACCGCAUCCCAUACCAAGGACCGAAAGAGUUCCGGGCUAUUGAAGUAAACCACAAAGGCGUCGCACACUUCUGCGCUAAAAGUUCCAUCUACGUAGCGCACAAGGAGAACCACACGUUGACCGAAAUAGCUACCAUCAAGAAUAUAUUCGGGUUAACUUUUGAUAGUUCAGACAAUAUGAUUUAUUCAAACCCCCAUCAAAUUGUGAAACUCUUACCUCAUGAUUGUAAGUAA